CAUCAUCAUCAUCAUCAUCAUCAUCAUUACGCUAUGGCUGCCACUGCUGCUCGGGUGCUGCCCAGUGUCAGCGCCAGCCUGGCUGCCUCUGCUUCAGUCCCGUCCCUCUUCCACUCCGCUCUCAGCUCCGUUUCGACCUCGCCAUCAUCACCAUCAUCAUCACCAUCAUCAUCACUCCUUGCACUGUCAUCGACGCUCGCUCGGCGCGGAAUGUCGUCCAUGUCCACCGCGUCCGCCGUCGACGUCCUCAGCCACCAGGACCCGUCCAACCCGAGCGUCCUCAUCGACUCGUUCAGCUCAAUGGGAUUCACAGUCAACGGCGUCACCUACGUCGGAUCCAUGGCGCUCUUUCCGCGCGUCCCUUUGCUCUGGAACGUCAAGUCAGUCGAAGAGCUCACGCCAGAGAGCCUCACUCUGUUCCAUCUUGUCAAUCCAAAGAUCGAACUGCUGCUCAUCGGCACCGGGUCCAAGAUUGAGACGAUUGAUCCGGCCGUGCGCCAGAUGCUCAAGGAGAAGCGCAUUUCCCUCGAAGUGCUGGAUACUCCACACGCUGCAACUACCUUCAACUUUUUGUCUCAAGAGGGCCGGUUGGUGGCUGCUGCACUCAUCCCCAUUGCACCAGAAACCCCCGCCUCGACCAACCCCUAAAAGCCCUGAAAGGGGAAACACCAAAAACCAACACAAACAUCCUGUCAACAUAAUAUACUUGUACAACAUACAAAACACUUGCUGUGAGUAAAAGCUUUUCAAACACGA